AUGGAGACGGCUGAACGAAGAAGUGCUGCAGCAGCAGCGAAUUCUAGGCGCGCCAAACGACUAGCUCAACAAGCUCACAAGACACAUCCUGUGAUUCAAGCAAAACAAAACCAGAUGUACUUGAUUACAUCGCGAUCACAAGUACAAGUGGAUAAUUCUCUUAUCAAUCGUGUAUUGCCUAAAGAAGUUCUUCUCAAAGUUUUCUCUUUCCUUGAUACUAAAGCACUCUGUCGAUCUGCUCAGGUUUGUCGUUCAUGGAACGUGUUGGCUCUAGACGGGUCGAAUUGGCAACGAGUUGAUUUGUUCACGUUCCAAAGAGAUGUCAAAACCUCUGUAGUCGAGAACUUGGCUCGUCGUUGUGGAGGAUUUUUGAAGGAACUCUCGUUAAAAGGAUGUGAAAAUGUUCAUGAUUCAGCAUUACGUACAUUCACCUCGAGAUGCCCGAAUCUCGAGCAUCUCAGCUUGUAUAGAUGUAAACGUGUUACUGAUGCAUCUUGUGAGAACCUGGGAAGAUACUGUCAUAAAUUGAAGUACUUGAACCUGGAGAACUGUUCCUCCAUUACAGACAGAGCAUUGAGAUACAUUGGAGAUGGAUGUCCUAGUUUGACAUAUCUCAAUAUUUCUUGGUGUGAUGCUGUUCAAGAUCGUGGAGUCCAAGUUAUUAUCACCAGCUGUGUGUCCUUGGAUACUUUGAUUCUUCGUGGAUGUGAAGGACUAACUGAGAAUGUGUUUGGACCAGUGGAGACACAAAUGAGUUCUCUGAAGAAGCUGAAUAUGUUACAGUGCUUUCAAGUAACCGAUACUACAGUUCGAAACAUUGCAAACGGAGCAAAACUCAUUGAAUAUUUGUGCUUGUCCAACUGCAAUCAAAUCACUGAUAGAUCUUUGAUAGCUCUAGGAGUAAACUCUGAACAUCUCAAAGCCCUUGAACUUUCCGGAUGUAUUUUAUUGGGUGACAAUGGAUUUAUUCAACUAGCCAAAGGUUGCAAACAUUUGGAGCGUCUCGACAUUGAAGACUGUUCCCUUGUUUCGGACAUUACUAUCAAUUCACUUGCCAAUAAAUGUGAUGCUCUUCACGAGCUUAGUCUGUCGCACUGUGAGCUUAUCACCGACGAGUCUAUCCAGAAUCUUGCCACAAAACACCGAGAUACUCUGAAUGUUCUGGAACUUGACAAUUGCCCUCAGCUGACAGAUGCCACUCUGUCCAACCUCCGCCACUGUCGUGCAUUGAAACGAAUUGACUUGUACGAUUGUCAAAAUGUUUCGAAAGAAGCGAUUGUCCGAUUCCAGCAUCAACGUGCGAACAUCGAGAUCCACGCCUAUUUUGCACCCGUCACUCCACCAGUCGAUCCAGUUGUCAACCGCGGCGGGAUAUGCCGGUGCUGUGUCAUCUUAUGA